AUGGCUGCACUACUCUGUGAUUUUACCAAGUAUCGCUGGACAUUUACUUUUUUAAGUCUGAGUUGCUUAAUAUGCUGUUAUUUGAAAUGUGGAAGUUUAAAUAUAAAUGUUCCUUUUCUCUUUCCAAGGUGGGAAACUUUAGAUAGCUUCAUGCAGCACGACGUUCAAGAGCUGUGUCGAGUGUUGCUUGAUAAUGUGGAGAAUAAGAUGAAAGGCACGUGUGUGGAAGGCACCAUACCUAAAUUAUUCAGAGGCAAAAUGGUGUCCUAUAUCCAGUGUAAAGAAGUAGACUAUCGAUCCGAUAGAAGAGAAGAUUAUUACGAUAUCCAGCUAAGUAUAAAAGGAAAGAAAAAUAUAUUUGAAUCAUUUGUGGACUACGUGGCUGUGGAACAACUAGACGGUGACAAUAAAUACGACGCUGGGGAGCACGGUUUGCAGGAAGCAGAGAAAGGUGUGAAAUUCCUAACUUUGCCACCAGUGUUACAUCUACAGCUGAUGAGAUUUAUGUAUGACCCUCAGACGGACCAAAAUAUCAAGAUCAAUGAUAGGUUUGAAUUCCCAGAACAGUUACCACUCGAUGAAUUUUUGCAAAAAACAGAUCCUAAGGACCCUGCAAAUUAUAUUCUUCAUGCAGUCCUGGUUCACAGUGGAGAUAAUCAUGGUGGACAUUAUGUGGUUUAUCUAAACCCCAAAGGGGAUGGCAAAUGGUGUAAAUUUGACGACGACGUGGUGUCCAGGUGUACGAAGGAGGAGGCCAUCGAGCACAACUACGGGGGCCACGACGACGACCUGUCCGUGCGACAUUGCACCAACGCGUACAUGCUGGUGUACAUCAGGGAGUCCAAGCUCAGUGAGGUUUUACAAGCGGUCACUGACCACGACAUCCCUCAGCAGUUAGUAGAGCGACUCCAGGAGGAGAAAAGGAUCGAGGCCCAGAAGCGGAAGGAGCGGCAGGAAGCCCACCUCUACAUGCAAGUGCAGAUAGUUGCAGAGGACCAGUUUUGUGGCCACCAAGGAAAUGAUAUGUACGAUGAAGAAAAGGUGAAAUACACUGUAUUCAAAGUAUUGAAAAACUCCUCACUGGCUGAAUUUGUCCAGAACCUCUCUCAGACCAUGGGAUUUCCACAAGAUCAGAUUCGAUUAUGGCCCAUGCAGGCAAGGAGCAAUGGAACCAAACGGCCAGCAAUGUUGGAUAACGAGGCGGACGGCAACAAGACGAUGAUUGAGCUGAGUGAUAAUGAAAACCCGUGGACGAUAUUCCUGGAAACCGUUGAUCCGGAGCUGGCUGCCAGUGGGGCCACGUUACCCAAGUUUGAUAAAGAUCAUGAUGUCAUGCUAUUUUUGAAGAUGUAUGAUCCCAAAACACGGAGCUUGAAUUACUGUGGGCACAUCUACACACCAAUAUCCUGUAAAAUACGUGACUUGCUCCCGGUUAUGUGUGACAGAGCAGGAUUUAUCCAAGAUACUAGCCUUAUCCUCUAUGAGGAAGUUAAACCGAAUUUAACAGAGAGAAUUCAGGAUUAUGACGUGUCUCUUGAUAAAGCCCUCGAUGAACUAAUGGAUGGUGACAUUAUAGUCUUCCAGAAGGAUGACCCUGAAAAUGAUAACAGUGAAUUACCCACUGCAAAAGAAUAUUUCAGAGACCUCUAUCACCGUGUUGAUGUCAUUUUCUGUGAUAAAACGAUCCCUAAUGAUCCUGGAUUUGUGGUCACAUUAUCAAACCGAAUGAAUUAUUUUCAGGUUGCAAAGACAGUGGCCCAGAGGCUCAACACUGACCCCAUGUUGCUCCAGUUUUUCAAGUCUCAAGGUUAUAGGGACGGCCCAGGUAACCCUCUUAGACAUAAUUAUGAAGGGACUUUAAGAGAUCUCCUACAGUUCUUCAAGCCUAGACAACCUAAGAAACUUUACUAUCAGCAGCUUAAGAUGAAAAUCACAGACUUUGAAAACAGACGAAGUUUUAAGUGUAUUUGGUUAAACAGCCAGUUUAGGGAAGAGGAAAUCACACUAUAUCCCGAUAAGCAUGGGUGUGUCCGGGACCUGCUGGAAGAAUGUAAAAAGGCUGUUGAGCUUGGGGAGAAGGCGUCAGGGAAACUUAGGCUGCUAGAAAUCGUAAGCUACAAGAUUAUUGGUGUGCACCAAGAAGAUGAACUGUUAGAAUGCUUAUCUCCGGCGACGAGUAGAACGUUUCGAAUAGAGGUAACCGGCCCUCCCUUGUGGGCGCCCUGGCCGGUGGGAUGGCCACCCGCCUCUCCCCUCAGAUAGCCCUGACUUGUGGACAUGGCCUAAGUGUUGUGUAGGAUACCAGUAGAUGUGAUCCCUGCAGUUAAUUUUACUCUUACACAUUUUGAGGAAUUAAUACUUUAUUGAAAUCUUCCUCUGCAAGCACAUCAGGUGUGUCGGGUUGAGCGGCAUGAGGCCUGCUGACAGCGCUGCUCGACCUUGCCCGCCAUCCGUCACACAGCGUGCCGGCCUGCUGAAACCCGCCUGACCCCCCCUGCCCCUGCCACAGCGUCCUCCUUGCUCUGGGUCUGACUGCAGAGGUCCCCAAAUACAUAGGAUCGCAGAGGACUUGUCCUCGGGAGUGAGUUCUAAAUAUGGGCCACCGAGCAAGUCUGGUUAGAAGCUGUGGCUCCCUGUUGAUUGAGGAGUGUUUGAAAUUUCCAGUUAC